GUUUAAACAUUUCCAUUGCAGUUGAAAAACUCCAAAAAAUUGAAAGCUGCAGCUUCAAAGGAAAAAAGAAGAAGAAGGACGCUGCAGACAUGGAAGAGGAAGAGAUUAAGCAAUUGAAGAUCGAAAGAUUCGAGCAGAUUCCCUCACCUUCAGUUUUCGAGUCUCAGAUUGAAUCCAAAAAUGUUCCCGCCGUAUUUAAUGGAUGCAUUAAGCAAUGGAAGGCUUUCACCAGGUGGAAUCCAGCUAACGGCGGCCUCGAUUAUUUGCAGGAAAAGGUAGGAACAUCCACUGUUGAGGCUAUGCUCUCCCGAACUGCGCCAGUUUUUUAUGGUGAUCUUAGAAGUCAUGAGAGGGUUCCAUUUCCGUUUUCCACAUUUAUUGACAAUUGCAAGCAGCAUAUGUUAAAAGCAGACCAAGGGCAUGAUCAGCCUGCAGUAGUUUCUAUUGCGGAAGAGGAACAUUCUCCUCAAAAAAUCUAUUUGGCCCAGGUGCCGAUUGUGAAUACUGAGGAUCUAGAAAGGGUCCAACUUGGAGCUCUUAGAGAAGACAUUCAAAUGCCUGUUUUCUUGGAGACAAAAGAACCAGCUUCUGUUAAUCUGUGGAUGAAUAAUGCUUAUGCUAGAUCAAGUAGUCACUAUGACCCACAUCAUAAUGUUCUAUGUAUCAUUGCUGGUCGCAAGCAAGUUACCUUAUGGCCCCCUUCUGCAAGUCCAUCUUUAUACCCGAUGCCUAUAUAUGGGGAAGCCUCAAAUCACAGUUCUGUUUCUUUAGAAAACCCUGAUUUCUCAUUGUAUCCAAGAGCAGAAGGCUCCUUGGGGUACUCUCAGGUCGUUGUUCUUCACGCAGGUGAUGCACUAUUCAUCCCUGAAGGCUGGUUUCACCAAGUAGAUAGCGAUGAUUUGACCAUUGCAGUUAACAUUUGGUGGAGGUCCAAUGUUAUGUGUAGCAUGUUAGAACACAUGGAUGCUUAUUAUUUGCGCAGGAUAAUGAAAAGAUUGACCGACAAAGAAAUGAACCACAUGCUCCCGAAGACUUCUUCUCCUCCUGACAUGAGAAAGAUGCAUACAUGCGAGCUUAUGAGUAAUGGAAAGGCAGAUUCUAGUCACUCUGACUCUGGUUUUGUCCAUACUUGUCAAGAAACGGAUUUGCAAGGGAGAGAUAAAGAUCACAGAAUUAAUUUGCAUAUGUUGGAACCAUUUUCUCUGCAGGCUCUUCACGAACUCGUUUCUUUGGUUCAUGACCGUGUUAACCUCACUGAUCUCAAUCAACCAGUAAAGUCAACUUCCACGAAUGAUUCUGUGGUUAGCAGUCAGCAUGAUAAAACUGUGAGAAGUAUAUUUGUACUGGAUGAUGAUCCAGUUGCGAAAAUUCUUUGGACUCUUGGUCCACACAUUCUUCAGAAUGUUCUUCUUGCUAUGGCGUCCAAUUUUCCAAGAACCUUGGAGGCUCUGGUACUGCAUUUGCUUUCACCAAUAGGAGCAGAGGUACUCACACAAAAAUUUGAUGAGAUGGAUCAGCAAAACACUGAAGAAGAUCGGAACAAAUUCUACCAAGUAUUCUAUGCUGCAUUUGAUGACCAAUUUUCUGCAAUGGAUGCAAUUUUGAAUGCGAAAGAAUCAUUUGCUCUACAGGCAUUCAAGAAUGUGCUAGAUAAAUACUUGCAAGUUAACUUUGAUGUGCUAAAACCAUCAACGAGAUAAGAUAUUUAGUGAUGUAACUUCAUAAAAGAAUUGGUCCCGGCGGUGAUAUCAAAAGGGUUAAUCAGUGCAUUACCACAGAACCAAGAAGCUUUCUGUCUUAGUCGAUACUUUUAUGUGUGAGUCAUCCACAAAUUUGUAGAAAUUUAAAUCAUUGCUAACUUUGAAUGGUGAUGCAUAUCUCUGCUGUCAAUUUGUGAUUCCAUCCAUUUUCUUUUGACUUUAAUGAUACUUGUUCAAACAAUUCUUUUAAAAUUUUGUA